AUGCCAGAGAAAUUGCAGAAUAACGAAAAAGGAGGUCUAUAUACGGUGGAAGUUUCAAGUUUGGACGACUGUGAUCCUGUGAUCUCCACUGUUGUUGCCUUGAAUGGGAAGAAGAUUGAAGUUCAUCAACAGGAUGCUGAUGUAGCAAUGCAAUAUAUUGAUGAUAUUGCCGAUCUGGAGAUGGAUCCCGACUUUGAAAGGAAAGUCCUAAGGAAAAUCGACUACGCAAUUUUGCCUGUGAUCAUAGCUCUAAUGUCAUGUCAGUUGAUGGAUAAGACAACCAACUCUUAUGCGUCAAUUAUGGGCCUGCAAGAAAGUUUGAAUAUGAGUUUGAGAGAGUAUAGUUGGGUAGGGUCCUCGUUCUAUUUUGGCUAUUUGAUUUUUCAGUACCCGGCAAACUUAUUACUGCAAAAACUACCACUCUCCAAAACACUCUCCAUAGCAGUCAUCUGCUGGGGUGUAGUUUUAAUGUGUCAUGCUGCCUGUACCGAUGCAGCAGGAUUUUUAGUUUGUCGAGUAUUUCUAGGUGUUUUCGAAGGGUUUAUGAAUCCAGCAUAUAUCUUACUAACUUCUCAGUGGUGGAGGAAGGAGGAACAGUUUAUAAGAACCUGUGUUUGGUGGGGUAUGCAAGGUUUUGGUACUAUUUUGGGAUCCGGCAUUGCAUAUGGGUUGCAGGUUCAUCGAGCCGGGUAUCAAACAUUCCCAUCUUGGAAAUGCGUUUACGUCAUAACUGGUUGCAUUACUUUAUGCCUUGGCUUUGUCAGCUACCUUCAUAUACCAGACGUUCCUACAAAAGCAUGGUUUUUGAGCGAAAAGGAGAAACUCUAUGUUGUUGAAAGGGCAAAGGAAAACCAACAAGGUUUUGGUAACCAAAAAUUUAAAUGGAAGCAAGGCAAAGAAGCUAUUUUUGACCCGUGUACCUACAUCUUUUUUGUCUAUGGAAUUUCAUACGCAAUUCCGAACGGAGGCUUCAAUAACUUUGGAUCCAUAUUGUUAAAGGAUGAUUUUGGAUUCUCAACAGCCGAUGCGUUGCUAAUGAAUAUGCCAGGCGGAGGAAUUGAUAUUAUUUUCCCUUUAUGUGUUGCACUCUUUAAUUACUACUUGCUUAAAAACCAGAGGUUGGUAUCUUGUGCUAUAGUGAAUACCACAGUGGUUGUUGGAAUGUGUCUAUUAAAUUUUACAGACAGUAGAGGUUCGAGGUUGGCUGGAUACCUAUCAUUCUACAUGGCAACAGCUGUAUCGGCAGGAAUAUGCUCAACCAUAGCAUCGAAUAUUGCCGGAUCUACCAAGAAGGUGGUAGUUAACACAUUCUUUCUAGUAGGCUAUUGUGCCGGCAAUAUAAUUGGUCCACAGACAUUUAACGCUAAACAAGCACCGGGAUACUCAGGCGCCAAAGCUGCAAUGCUCGCCUCUUUUGCCAUUGGUACGUGUCUCAUAAUUGCUCUUUAUGUUAUUUACACGUGUCGUAAUAAGAAGAAGGAUGAAAUAAUCCAAUCUUUAGGUGAGAAGUAUUCAAUUCCUGACAAUAUCGCUUUUGCAGAUUUAACUGACUUUGAAAACCCUGGAUUUAGGUACUCGUUAUAG